AUGCGCCGUGUCGUUGGCCAUGUUGAUUCAUCCGAGAUUAACAGUGCAGGUCCAUGUCCGGCGGCGGAAAAGGAAGGAAUUCGCCGUCUCAGCCCACGCGCGCAACUGCCUGCUUGCCUGCGCGCGCCUGUUCUCGUAAAUGCAAUGCGAGUAAACUUCUUGGCAUUCAAAGCCACUUACACGUCAGCUCAGGUGCGUUUUCCUUUUGCCUCGCGCUUCAGUGGUAUGGUUAACCUCGAAAAGCCGAAAGGCCGCAGCGCCCGCAACGCGCUGAAGAGUUCAGCUCUUCUCCUUGCAAGUUGCGCCCCGCUCGAAACAUGA